UGAUUUUGUAGGUAAAGGUGUAGCAGAGGUUCACAUAAUGUGAUUGCUACAGCUGGGAUGUCUGUCUGCUACCACUAGACCCUAUAGAGGUCAUAUGGUGACAGAGGAUAUUGUGUGGCCAAUAUCUGGGACUUCAACCUAGAAAUCCAAUCUAAUCAGGGAAAGUACUCUCUCCACUGAGUUGACUUGAUCAGUCUGCAAUUAUCUACUUAAAUGGUUUAAAUUUCAUGCCCUGACAUACAUACUCACUAUUGCAUAAGCCACACCAUGUGAAACUGGGUCUUACGUCAAAUGCAGCCAGUGUAGCUACACACUGCAUGCUUAAUUGGGCAGUAUGUUCAGGAGCUACGCUGUCCACUUAUGAGAGCACAAAAACUAUCGUGACUAUCAGACAGGGUAGCUCAUGACAAGACUGCACAGCUGCACAGGCUGGUCUGGAGCUUACCUGGCUUCAAAUCGCAUAAGACCCAUUUAACAUGAUGCAGCUUACACAAAAUCAUCCAUUUCAGUGGCCCAGGGCUUCAUAUCAAUGAUAUUGGCUUGGAAGUGGAUACCCACGUCACAGUCAUAUGUUGGGCACCUGAUGCCAAAGAGCAAAAAAUUGUGCGGCCUGCCUGGGAUCCAAACUUGGGAACUUGGAUAUAGGGUACCAACUAAUGCUGAGGGUAAUACAUGGAUUGCCUAUAGAGGAGAAGAUACUUCUCCUGAAUGAUUCACCAUUAGAGCAAGCUUAUUCAGGGUACAUAAGCAUUUGGAAAAGUCAUUACUUGCUCUGUGUCUUGUGAACUACUGGCGCUAGUUCUGCUUGGAUGCUGUUCAAGUAACGCAAAAGAUCAAGAUCUAAAGAGAAUCAUUACACUAUGUCAGAAAGCAGUGAAAAAAUGUCUGACCAUAGUGAAAGUGGGAGUGAGAGUGGUAAUACAAACGACAUUUGUCGGGAUUUUCUGCGCAAUGUUUGCCGGCGUGGUCAACGGUGCAGAUACCGACACCCAGGAGAACAAGAAACAACUGAAUUUAAGAAAAUAUCUGAGUACACAUUCUGUCAUGAUUUCCAAAACAAUGGUUGCAGAAGACCAAAUUGUAAAUUUCUCCACUGUACCAGGGAGGAAGAAGAGCAUGCUAGAUCAACGGGUGAGCUUCCCCCACGUGUUCUGCAAGCUGCCUCGCUUGGCAUCGGUGUGAAUCAUGCAGAAAUGGUGGCUAAAGGUGGUGUUCCUAUAUGUAAGGAUAAUUUGAAAGGUAGUUGUCAACGUGGCAAUCAGUGUAAAUAUCGACACAUAUCAAGUGCGGAAUACGAAUUUUUACAGCGAAAAUCGGAAGGAAGGGAAGUUUUUAAUAAAGAAGUUUUUAAUAAGGACCCAAGAUUUGAUAGGUUCGAGUUUGAACCUGAAGUGAGCAUAAAACGUAGGAGACUUGAUCCAGAGUUUUCAAAUGAUGGAUUUAGAUCUUUUGAGAGUAGAUACCCACAGCUUUCACCAAAUUCAAAGCCACUUAGCUAUCAGCUGCUUGAAGACGAGAAUGCAAUGUUGAGAAAGAAAGUGGAUGAGCUGAAAAAGCAAGUUGCAGACCUCACAGCAACCAACGAGGUACUCUUGGAGCAAAAUGCACGCUACAGAGUGAGUAAAACCAGUAUAUUGCAGACAUUAAACUCCGCUGGUGUUCAGGCUGCACUGCAAGCUUCAUCCUUGAAUCAUUUAAAUAACAGCCUAGCACAGCAAAUAGCGCUGAGCAAUGACUUGUCCACUAUAACGCAGCAGCAGCAACAAGCUUUACAACAGCGAAUGGUCCGUGAGGUGCUGGCUGCUUCCCAAGGCCCAGGGGGGCAGUGCAGCAUUGCAGCACCUCAGACGCUCAACACCGCUACCCUGUCAAUGAACCCGCCUGCGAUUGUACCCAUCUCUCUCCCACAAACAAUGUCUGGCCUGCAACCGUCCAAUAACCAGAGCCUAGCCCAGAGUAUCGAUAUAAAUGGCUCACUGGUCUCCUACCCUAUUGUUUCGCAAGGGCUGAGAAUGACUGCGAGUAGUCUAGCCCACUGACAGUGACUGUUCACUCUGUAAUGUUGCCUGCUAUUUACUUCCCUGGUGAUUUCAAGCAUGUCUGCAGACAUGAAAAUGAAUGGGAUCCGAUGCCCAAAGCUGCCACACCUGGCCAGUUGGAUGAGCCCUGGGCCGUGACACAUCUGGUAUCCAGUCCAAAAGAGAUAAACAUCCUUAGUGAUAUGGACAUUGUCCAUCUCUGGGCACAGUAAAAUGCAUCUAUGAAUAUGCCUUAUUCAUCCAGAUAUGUUGUAUUUUUUCUGGCUAUAAUAUAUGGCUCUAUUCUGCCUAACACAUAUUUAUGCAUUCUGUUAAAAUGCUAAGACAGUACAACUGUGCAUGCUUGGACAGGAUUCGCUCGUCUGACGAGAUAAUUUGUUUUGUUUAAAGCUGAAGUUUAAGGACAUCCUAAAAACGACUUGUAGGGCCUUGAAAAGGGGCCCAAGGAUUGAUUCCUUCCUGGCUUGUUACAUUCAGGGCAUUGACAUGAUAAGAUUUUCAAGAAGUAUUUUAAGGUCUCUAUAACCAAUAAUAACAGACAAAAUCUUUUAUAGUCUGUAUAACAAUGGCAUUUACAAGCUUUACAUUGCAAAGCUUCCUUUAUGAAACAACUUCAUAAUGUCAGUCAUGGUAAACAAGUCAGGUAUAUGUACUUUGUUAAGUGUUGCAAUUGAAACAAAUCCAUAAGCACAUCAGAACAUGUCAGGUACUUUGUUUAUUGUUACAUUUAACAUAACACGUUUUUAGCUCACUUGAAUGGUGAUCUUUUGUGAUCACUCUAUGUCCGUCAAAGUUCUCAUCUGAGUCAUAUAUGGACAAAAAAACAAGUCACCAGGUCAAAUCUUAGAAAAACGUUUUAGCCAAUUUAUAGGCAACCUUUUUUGGUUCAAUCUUUAUGAAACCUUGGUCAAAAUUUUUAUUUGACAAUGCUUAGGCCGUAUUUGAAUCUGGGUCAUAUGCAUAAAAAAACUCAGUCACCAGGUAAUAUCUUUCAAAAAUCUUGUUACCACUCUAAAUGACACAUUUAUUACUCAAUCUCUAUUAAACUUGGUAAGCAUGUUUAUCUUGACAAUACUUUGACCAAGUUUGAACCUUGGUCACAUGACUCAACAAACUUGGACACAAGUGCUGUGUGAGCAAUAUUUAUUACUAAGUCUUGAUGAAAAUGUAUAUCUUGACAUUGUUGACCAAGUUUGAAUCUUGGUUCAGAAACAACUAAAUACGAGGUCACCAUGCCAAAUCUGAAAACACACAAUUAUACCAAUUGCAGGCCACAUUUAUUACUCAUUCUUGAUGAAACUUGGUCAGAAUAUUUAUUUUGUUUGAAUCAGGGUUAAGUGUGGUAAAAAACUAGAUAACCUGGUCAAGAGUUCAGAAUUUGGUGUUUGUGACUCAGGUGAAUGCUUAAGGGCCUACAUGGCCUUCUUGUUGUAAAAAAUCCAAGGCACAGCAGAAAAUGUCUUGUACUUGGUUCAAUUAUACUAUUUGGUGUAAAAGGAUUUUUAAAACCAUAUGAGUCGCAUUCUGAGAAAACUGGGCACUAUACAUGUGCGUAAAGUGUCGUCCCAGAUUAGCCUGUGCAGUCUGCACAAUCUAAUCAGGGACGGCACUUUCCGCUUAAAUUGGAUUUUUGCUAAGAAGAGACUUCAAUUAAAAGAAAACUGUCAUAAUAGCAGAAAAUGUCGUCCUUGAUUAGCCUGUGCGGACUGCACAGGCUAAUCUGGGACGACACUUGACGCACAUGCAUUAUACCCAGUUUUCUCAGAACACUACUCAUAUGCUUAGCAGGCUUCAAUACAGAAUGACAGAAAGUGAGACCGGUUAUGAUGGAAUCUUGUUGACUUUUGUAUGAAUGAAGGAAAGUGUGGGGAAACAUGUUUUGUUUUCAAUGUUCAUUUGUUUGGGGUACUAGAAUUUUGUUUUUAUCUGAUUUAAACAAUGAAUACACAGUUGUGUUUUCUGUGUUUCUGAGAAUCUAUUCAACAAUAGGGAUCAAUUAAAAUUGAGUUUGUUGGAUAUAUAUGUGUUGUUGUUGUUGUUUAAACCCUGUAUAAUUCUGCUUGAAUGUACUUGUCUGUUUUAAGUUUUAAUUGAUGUGUAUUAUCCAUGAAUUUUCCCUAUUAUUAGUUUGAUUGAUUGUUUAUUAUUACCUGUAUACAUUUUUUAGGUACAUUUACAUGUACUGGUGUGUAUGUAGACUGUCACUGUGGCUGGUUCAUGCCAACCCACCAGAUCUUAUAAAUUGCAAAUGGGCAAUGCUCUGUAAAAGAGGGGGUUUAAUGCAUAAGGGUAUAAAGUGUUGUCCCAGGUUAGCCUGUGCAAUCCACAAAGGCUAAUCAGGAACGACACUUUCCACCUAAAAUGGAUUUUGGCUAACAAGAGACUUUCUAUGAACAAAAAUAACACAAAAGCGGAAAGUGUCGUCCCUGAUCCUGAUUAGCCUGUGCAGACUGCACAGGCUAAUCUGAGACGGCACUUUACGCACAUGCAUUAAACCUCUUUUUCACAGAGCACGGCCCAAAUGUUUUGUUCAAAGUCUGUUUUGGUAUUUCAUGUUGUUAAAACCUAUUAUUUUAUCCUUCAGUUUUGGUGAUGUCAUUUGCUUCUUCAAAUUAUUUGCAUACGAUUUUACAAAUAACAAUGCAGACAUAAAGGAUACUUAAGGAAAAACGUGACUUAAAAAAACUGAGGGCAUAUUUUAUUGUUCGUUUGUUUAGUUUAUGGUUUUCUUUUCCUUAACUUACAAACUUUGUCCAAUCUUUUGGCUUUGUUAACUGGUUUUGUGGGCAUAAUGUUUCUUUUUAUUGAUCUAUUAUUAUUGUUUAUAGUUACAGUAAUUAGUGUCAAUUGCAUUACUUUUAUCAGAUAAAUAUGCGGUUGUUGCAUCAUUACGUUCCAGAUACAGUUUUUCUUCCCAUCCAUAUCAGGACAACUCACAAUAUAUGUCUAAAGUGCAGUUUAAAUCCUGAAUAAAAAACUUUAUAAUAUGCAUCAAAUAAUGAAUACUUAGAAAAAAAGUUCAGAAACAUUUACAUUAAAAAAAUCAUUUUAAAUUGUUUACAAUAUGUUCAUUUAAAACACUUCUAAUGGCAUGCUAAUUUGACUGUAUUAUAUAAAAUUCUUUUUAUUCAAAGAACCUUCAGAGCAACAUGACAGUUUCAGAUAAGUAUACUCAACAAUUUGGUAUAAUGUGUUUUUGCUAAGCACAUUACGCAGAGUUUAGAUAUCCCUAAAUAUCAAGUGGUCGGUUAUAACUUUUGUGAGUGUAUUACAAAUAAAUUGUACCUUUUGUUAACUUAAAAAAAUAUUAUAUUUAGUGCUGUUUGUUAAAACAUACCUCACUAAACUCUUGUAAUAGCCAAUGGAUCACUACAUUGAUUGUUAAUAGCUGUUCAUAGUUUACAAUUAGAAGUUUAUUAAUCAUUAUGUUAAAUUUGUUGAAUGAAAAUUGUUCAUGUAAAAUGUUUGAAAAUUACUAAAGUGUGAUGUGUGCAUGUGAACUAAAUUGAAUUAAAAUGCAAACAUUGAAA